AAUUGACUCAACUAUAUAUAUACAUAUUAUAUAUCAAAACUGUGGAUUCUUUUCACUUACACCCCCACCUUCAUGUGGGUUACGUAAAACUCUUUGUCUUUGUCUUGUAGAACGAUUUAUAUAGAUAGCAUAUAACAGGCUGAGACUACAGAGAGAGCGAGAAAGAGAAGCUUUCAUGGCGGUUUUGUGUAGAAGGAACAUGGCUUAUUUGUGCCUGGUUUUGAGCUUUCUUUUGUGUUCAGGGUUUGGUUUUGCAGAGCUUGAAAAAUUUGAACAGUCCAUUAAUGGUGAUGGAUCGCUUAGCUUUUUGGUGAUUGGAGAUUGGGGAAGAAGAGGGGAAUUCAAUCAAUCUGAAGUUGCUUUUCAGAUGGGGAGAAUUGGGGAGAAAUUGGGCAUAAAUUUUGUAGUUUCAACUGGAGAUAAUUUCUAUGACGAUGGAUUGAGUGGGGAAGAUGAUCCAGCUUUUGAAGAAUCAUUCUCCAAAAUUUAUACAGCUCAAAGCCUCCAAAAGCAGUGGUACAGCGUUUUGGGCAACCAUGAUUAUAGAGGAGAUGCAGAGGCCCAAUUAAGCCCAAUACUAAGGAAAAUUGAUACAAGAUGGCUUUGCUUAAGAUCUUUUAUUGUGAAUGCAGAAUUGGCUGAGAUUUUCUUUAUAGACACCACCCCUUUUGUCAAAAUGUACUUCACUAAUGAAGAGGGUCAUACUUAUGAUUGGCGUGGUGUUAAAUCUCGAAAGCCUUAUACCGCCAAUUUAUUAAAGGAUUUAGAAGUAGCAUUGAGAAAGUCGAGUGCCAAGUGGAAGAUUGUGAUUGGUCACCAUGCAAUUAGAAGCAUUGGGCACCAUGGAGACACUGAAGAGCUCAUAAAACGUGUUCUUCCACUUCUAAAGACCUACAAUGUUGAUUUUUACAUGAAUGGACAUGACCAUUGCCUUGAGCAUUUCAGUGACAAAGAAAGCCCCAUACAAUUUUUAACUAGUGGAGCAGGAUCAAAGGCAUGGAGGGGAGAUGUUAAAGAAAAAAACAGAGAUGGGUUACAAUUCUUCUAUGAUGGGCAAGGGUUUAUGUCCGUGGAGUUGAAUCGAUCAGAAGCAAAAAUUGUGUUUUAUGACGUUUUUGGUGAAGUUUUGCAUAAAUGGAGUACAAAGAAAGAGCUUCAUUCAUCUAUAUAAUUUAUCCGACGACCUCAGUUUUUAUUAUAGACGAAAAUUUUUCAAUAGGAUGUGCACCGAUUCGAUCAAUA